CACACACAAUCUCCCACACACACGCACAAAAGGCAGACUUUGGAUUCUGGAAAGAUAUUAAGUAAUAAGGGGUCCACCCCAUUUUCAGUCACACGCCACUCACACGAUCAUAGCCAGUCCCAAACGUGCAUGAGCAGGUGUGUGUUUGGUAAAUCUUACUUGCUCUUGAGAGCUGAGUGGAGAUACGGAUUGGGGGAUCAUCUCUUUAGGAAGAAUCAUCCCAGAUCUAACAAGAGCCAUGUGGUCGGUCCUGGUGUUGCUGUUCGCCCUCUCCAGUGGCGCUCUGUCGCUGGACAAACUCAACAUGUGCAUGGACGCCAAGCACCACAAAACAGAGCCCGGCCCCGAGGGACAACUAUACAAACAGUGUGCUCCGUGGAGGGACAACGCGUGCUGCAAGGCCAACACCAGCGAAGAAGCCCACGCGGAUAACUCCUACCUGUACAACUUCAACUGGAACCACUGCGGAGCCAUGAGCGCCCAGUGCAAGAAACACUUCAUCCAGGACACCUGCUUCUAUGAGUGCUCACCGCACCUGGGACCCUGGAUACAAGAAGCGACUGAGAGCUGGCGUAAGGAGCGCAUCUUGGAUGUGCCUCUGUGUAAAGAGGACUGCCACCAGUGGUGGGAAGACUGCAAGAAUGAUUUCACUUGCAAGACUAACUGGCACAAGGGAUGGGACUGGAGCUCAGGUGUUAACAAAUGCCCCGAGGGCAGCAAGUGCAGAAAGUGGACCGACGUUUACCCCACACCCAAAGACAUGUGUGAACAAAUCUGGUCCAACUCCUACCUUUAUACCACCCACCUCAACACCUCUGGCCGCUGCAUGCAGCUAUGGUUCGAAGGUGCCAACCCCAACAGGAAGGUCGCAGAAUACUACCUUAACAAUGCACAGCAACACCAAAGCUCUGCCUUUGCAACACUACUGCUCCUGGCUUUGGCAUCGGUCUCUGUCAUGAUGUACUGAAAAAUGAUAUUCUGUGUCACCUUGGAGGUACCAAUAAAACUGAUUUCACAUGCUCCCUCCUUUC